AUGUCUUUUGUUGCAUCGAAAUUAGGUCUUAUCAAAGUAAAUAUAAAUCCAGGUUAUGUUGAACGUGAACUUGAAUAUUGUAUAAAUAAAGUUGGAUGUAAAGCAUCUGCUAAUCCUGAUUUACCUGUUGCAAUAUUCUAUACAUUAGGUACAACAGGACAUUCAAAAGCAGCUACAUUAACACAUUUUGGUAUAGUUAAUAUGUCGAAAGGUGUAACUGAGCAUCUUGAACCAUAUUUUACUCGUCUUUGUACUCCUAUUCCAAUAUUUCAUAUUUUUGCUGAAAUUGUCGGUGUACUUAAUGUAGCAACAUCGAAAUGUCAAAUAGUUUUUCCAGCUAUUAUUACCUGA